AUGGUGGAGUGGGAUCCGGAGAGGAGACGGAGAAGGCGGUCGACGCUUGCAGGUCCUGCCGACAAAGAAUGUCGAGAGCUGGUUGAGGAUGCUUCGGCAACCGUUUGCUUGGCUUCACUCCAUUAUGGUUGCGCUGGCAUGCUAAAAUGGCGUGAGGUGCAUAAAAGUGAUAUUGGCAAGCAGGAGCAACUUGAUAAAGCAUAACUGUUCCUUACCGUUGUUAUUGUUGUUAUUGUUGUUGUUGUUGUUGUUGUUGUUGUUGUUGCAUUGUGUUCCUUGCCACUGUUUUUGUUGAAGAGUGUUCCUCACCCUCUUCAUCCUGGUCGCGAAGGCUCGGACCGCCAGAAAAUGAACCGCGCAAUUUUCGGUGGUGCGAGGGGAUUAGUAGCUUCCGGAUCAGCAGUGCCAAAUACGAAUCAAGCGGAUAUUACUGGCGGUGAAGAACUGAACUGCAAAAUUACUAAUUUGAAGGCAAAAAGGGAAAACAAGAAGUACAAGGAAGACUCAUUCUGA